CUCUUCUCUCCUCCAGUGUCACUCUGGUGUUACUUUGAGGAGGUUGAGUGGGAGGAGAUAUGCAGAUGGUGCGAGUGGGGCCCUAUUAGUGGCGUCUGUAGUCCACCAAACUCACAGUGGACUGUUGUCACUCAGUUCACAGUUCACCACACCCACAGACAGCGUCAGGGUCAACAUUCACAGGGUGGCAUUCUGCUUUAUAGCACAGCCAAAAAAAGGUUGUACUGCAGAGACUGAAGUCUUUUUUAAUCCUUUUUUCUGAGUGUUUAGAGAUAUAUUGUCAGAAGCCUGGCAAUUCAAUAAUUUCCAUAUCAAGUGACUAGAGUGGAAUAUUUAGGGUAUCACUUGCCCUUGAGGGAGGAAUACUUUUUUCUUCUGAGAUCACCUUUACCUCAGUUUGAAGAUUCCUUUCACUGAGCUUUUGACUUAACACGUGGAUAUUCAAGGAUGCAGUUUGUGAUGGCUGUGAGUCCUUUUGUGUUCAUGACUCUAUUUUUGUCACCGGUCGAAACCAAGUUCUACAGACCAUUCCAAUUUAACCAGUAUAAAGCUGGGCUCAGUCAACACGAUGACCAAGGGAAACCCACCAGCAGACACAAGAACCACUGUGCAUAUGUCAUUGAGAAGACAGUGUCCUUCACCAUGCAGGAUGGGGCAGCCCCAUAUGUAAAAGCUGAGUACAACAAGUGUUCCUGGGGUCAGAAAUGUCCAACUCUGCUGUAUCGUCUGCUGUACAAACCACUUUACAAAGUGGCACAUAAAACCGUCACAGAGCUGGAGUGGCGUUGUUGUCCUGGGUACUCUGGUUAUGGCUGUAUGGAGGGACAUCCAGUUUACCAACACCCCAUGCAAAUGAUGCCGCCAUUCAAGGGCCCACCAAUGAAAGGCCCACAGUUUAAGGGACCACAGUUCAAGGGCCCACCUAUUAACACUGUUGUGAAGGCCAACCCAUGGAGUCAACCCAAAGGACCUCCCACCAGCAGUUUUAACUCUUACCCAAUGCGCCACUUUGGGCCUCCGAGGUCCUCCUCCUACUCAGACACCUCCUUCGAGCCUUAUCCGUCUGAGCCAGAGUCAAUGCCAGAGCACCAGGAACCACAUCACACAGAGCACGACCAAGAACAUGAGAAUGAACAUGAGCAUAGCCAAGGACCUGAGGAACAUAUACCAGAGGAAAUCCCUCCUCCUCCCUCUGGUGAUGAACAGCCUGAGGGUGAGACCAUAGGUCAAUCUCUAGACAGUGAGACAGAGGAGCGAAUAUAUCGAAUGGAGGAGGAUGUGCAACGCCUAAACCAGGGUCUGGAGACCUUAAGGGGAACUGUGAAUGGACUGGAAGAUAGCCUACGAGCCUCGCUGAGAGAGGAUGCCAACAGGAUGCUGUCAGCUCUGCUCUCUGCUGCCCCUGGUCCUGUUCCCGCUCCAGCUGUAGCCUCUAGUCCAUCCACUGUAGGGUUUGUAGAGAUUCCUGGGGAAGACCCUGAGACAGAGAGUCUAGAUGGCAGACAUAUGUUUCCAGGCCUUACAGAACUGAAUGGAAGGGUAGAGGAGCUCAGGACAGAGCUGCAAGCAAAGACAAAAGAGCUGCAGGAACUCAAAGCAACAGUGAUGGGACAUAAUGGAGCACUGAAGAAGAUGUCAAAUAGAGCGGAAGUGGUUUCAGACUCCACUGGCAAUCUUGGGGAAAAUGACCAGAGAGCUAUGGAGAAGUUGAUCGAUGCCAAGCUGAGUGUAGCCAGGACAGAAAUUCUUGGUGGGUUUGAGAAGCGCGUGGAGAGUGCAGAGAGCCAAUGCAAGGAGAAAGCUGGGGAUGUGCGUCGUCAGUGCCAGAGGGAGAAAGGUGAGAGGCAAGAGCAGAUGGAAGAUGCUCUGGAGGAAAGUACCACAGCCUUGAGAACAGAGCUGAGAAACCUUAAGGCACAGAUCCAUGGUUCAAAGGCUACAGAAAGCUGCUGUGGUAGAGUGAGUGGACUGGUUGAAAGGGUGCAACUGCUGGAAACAUCAGUGGCAGGCCUUAACCAGUCCCAGGGGCACCUGAGAGUGGAGCUGGGUGGACACAAAGACCACAUAGAGGGGAUACUGGAGGGGCGUCUGGGGUAUGUAGAGGCCAAGCUCAACCUGACUGGGCAGAUUCAAAAUGAGUCCGGAAGGAGGAGUGGUGUCCCAUACAGAGAUGAGACAGGACAGGGCCUGGAGGCCAGAAUGGAGGGUCAGUUGAGGGCUCUGGAAGGCCGUUUACUGACGGCUUUGGAGGAGCUGGGCAAUGCCACUGCCCCCACAUUGCUGGAAGGUCAUGCUGUUCCCACUCUGGAGACAGAGCUGGAGUCCCUUCGAGGGAGACUAGAGAUUGACGUGGACAGGGUGCAGAAGCACCUGAGAAGCCUUGAGAUUCUCUGCUCCUCUUCCUGUUCCUCACCUCAAAACCCACCUGCCAUCCAGGGAGACUCUGCUGCACCAAGUGCUAGCCUGGCAGAGGAGCAGAAUGUGAAGGAGGUACUGGACAUGCAAGGUGACCAUUUGAAUAGCCUCAAUGUCACACUGCAGAACAUCCUGAGGCGUCUGACCCUCAGGGACCAGCAGGAACAAGCAGAGAGAGAUUCUCCCAUCCAGGGGAAGCUCACAAUCCUCAAGUUCAAUGUCCACUCAGUCAACCACACCCUGAGAGGCCUCCAGGAUUCCCUGGGGACAGUGGUCCAUCAGGUUGGUAAAAUGAACAAUUCUUGGCAUGAGAGAGAGGCUCGUCUGGCCCAGCAGAUAAAGGGCGUGGUCCAGCUGGUUGGACAUCAGGCUUCCAUGCUUGGGGCAGGUGAGCGCAGACUGAUCCGACUUAAGGGUGAUCUGCAGGAGAUGAAGAGGCGGCUAGCUCAGGAGGUCCAGGGCUGCCGGAGCACAGCUAUGGGGGUCCAGAAAGAGGUAACUGAGGUUGGAGGGCGUGUUGCCAGUGUGGAGGACCAGUGUAAGGGCCUGAGUUACUUAGCAGAGGACCUGGAGAGAAUCAGGGAGGAGUUGGAGGGACAAUCGAAUGGGCUUCUCCUGCAAGUCAACGGGACUCUCUCCAGCCAUGCUCAGCAGCUGUCUGAGCUGAGAGGCGAACUCAAAAACUGCACCUCCAAGGUAGAGCCAACAAAACAGAGUUUAGAGCUGGAGGCAGAGCUUAGACGAGGGGACACCUUCAGUUGGAAUUAGUUCAGUUUAUACGGACAAUAGAUUUAAAAAAUUAAUGAAAAACAAUAAACGUUCUGCAGGUGUAGUGGGGGUCCACUAAACCCCCAUCUUAUUAUUUGAUUUGUAAAAUAUAAAGGUUUUGAACCUGCACUGAAAGAAGAUUUUAGUUAGCUUACAGUAUAAAAUGAAAAUGGCAGCUAACUCCGACUGCACUAAUAACACAAAACAUUGAAAUUGAAUCAUGACGGUGCUAAGAUGAACUGUUUGUUGUAAUGGACCAUUAUUUAGAGCCCCAGUGAUUGAGAAAGAGAUGAACAACAGCAAUCUGUACCUGUGUUACUGUACUGUUUCUGUAAAGCUUACAAAAAUCAUUAUAUGACAGUUGUUCAAAAAUGUUUACAUGUUUAAGUUUUUGUAUUGAUUUUUCUUAUGUCUAGAGUAGAAGUAUACAAGAUAUUAUGUUUUUAUAUGGUUUCAGUUCUUGAACAUUAGUUUCUAUUCUAAUUGUAAUAAUGCAUAAAAUGUUAGUAUUUCGAGCUAUAUACAGUUUAAUUUCAAGGUUUUUCAGUACUGACAAUCCAAUAAACAUGUUUCUUUACUGUU